AUGGCAUCACGACAGGACGCAACGCUAAAGGCGAUUCUGCGCUGCUUUAUUGUGAUGUGUUUAUGUGGUAAAGUACUCAGUCAGAUUCGCUAUUCUAUUGCAGAAGAAUCUAUACAAGGAUCUGUUGUAGGGAAUAUUGCCAAAGAUCUCGGCUUGGAUGUAAAUAAGCUUAAAGAGCGACGAUUUCGGAUUGUUUCCGGAUCAAAGGAUGGCUUCUUACAGAUAAACCAGGACAAUGGAGCGCUUUUUGUGAGUGGGAACAUCGACAGGGAGGAGCUUUGUGAGAAAAGCAACGUGUGCACAGUGAGCCUUAAAACCGUGGCCGAAAAUCCUUUGGAAAUCCAUUAUAUCGAGGUAGAAAUUGCAGAUAUUAACGACAAUUCUCCUGUUUUUCCUGUGCGUGAAAAGCAUUUAGAGAUCUCAGAAAAUGCCGUGCCCCAGAGCACACGCCUCCCACUAGACGCUGCGCGUGAUGCAGACGCUGGUGUAAAUUCUCUGAAUAAGUACAUCCUUAGUCCGAAUAACCACUUUGAUUUAGAUGUUAAAACUCGUGGAGAAGACAAAAUUCCUUUUCUGAUUUUGAAAAAGCAGCUUGAUAGAGAACAGAAACCCCAGAUAAAUCUAACUUUGACAGCAUAUGAUGGAGGAAAGCCAGAAAGAUCCGGUUCAGUUAACAUUACUAUAGCUGUUGUUGAUAUUAACGAUAACGCUCCGGUUUUUGAUCGUCAGGUGUACAGUGUAACAUUAGAGGAAAAUAUCGAGUUUGGUUCCUCGGUAGUAAAACUGCAUGCCACAGAUUUAGAUUUAGGUGCCAACGGACAAGUUGUUUAUUCUUUUGACAAAAGUCUCACGAGCAAAGCUUUGGAUAAAUUUGAAAUAAAUUCUAAUACAGGAGAGAUUACUGUAAAAGGGUCAAUAGAUUUUGAAGAACAGCGUGUGUAUGAAAUAGACAUACAAGCUUCUGAUAAAGGACCAGUACCUUUAACAGGUCACUGCAGUAUCAUAAUUAAUAUAAAGGAUGUGAAUGAUAAUGCACCCGAGAUUGAUGUGACCUCACUCUCCACUGAGAUAAUGGAGGAUGUGAAUCCAGGGACAGCUAUAUCUCUGAUCAGUGUAUCUGAUAAAGAUUCAGGUGAGAAUGGUAAGGUAAUAUGUAGCCUUAUAAAUGACAUCUCGUUUGAAUUGAAACCCUCCUUCCAGAUGAACAUGUACUCCCUGGUCACUAAAGGCAUGUUAGACAGAGAGACUGUUUCUACAUACAAAAUAACCAUGAUGUGUAGGGAUCGAGGGGAACCAUCUUUAUCCUCACAAAAGUCAAUACAAGUUAAUAUUGCAGAUGUCAAUGACAACAGUCCAGUAUUUACUCAAAAUCCUUUAAAUUUUUAUAUCAGUGAAAACAACAUCCCAGGCACGUCUAUAUUUUCCAUUAGUGCUUUUGACAUAGACCAGAAUGAAAAUGCACACAUAUCGUACCACAUUCUGAAGGCAGAAAGCCAUCAACCAAACAUUGUCUCUUCCCUAAAUAUAAAUUCAGAGGAUGGGAUCGCUCAUGUUUAUGCACUUAAACGCUUUGACUUUGAAACUAUAAAAACAUUUCAGUUCCAUAUUGUUGCCUCAGAUUCUGGAACUCCAUCUCUAAGCAGCAAUGUCACAGUGAACGUGUUUAUUCUGGAUCAGAACGAUAAUGUUCCAGUGAUCUUAUACCCAGUCAGCGCUAACGGUUCUGCUGAAGGUGUGGAGGAGAUUCCCCGCAAUGCCAACGGAGGACAUUUGGUGACUAAAGUGAGAGCCUAUGAUGCGGAUAUAGGAUACAACGGCUGGUUAUUAUUUUCACUGCAGGAAGUGAGUGACCACAGUCUCUUUGGUUUGGACCGCUAUACAGGACAGAUAAGGACCCUUCGCUCAUUCACAGAAACAGAUGAGGCUGAACAUAAACUGGUCAUACUGGUCAAAGACAAUGGGAACAUUUCACUUUCAGCAUCAGCGACUGUGAUCAUUAAACUUGUGGAGCCCAAAGAGGCUUUUGCUGUGUCUGAUGUUAAAAACACAGUGAAGGAAGAGGAAGAAAAUAAUGUUACUUUUUAUUUGAUCAUUACAUUGUGUUCGGUUUCAUUUCUUUUCAUCGUCAGUAUCAUUGUGCUGAUUGUAAUGCAGUGCUCCAAAUCUACAGACUAUUCCUCCAAGUACUUACAAGACACCAAUUAUGAUGGCACACUGUGUAACAGCAUCCAGUACAGAUCCGGAGAUAAACGCUACAUGUUAGUUGGACCUAGAAUGAGUAUCGGAUCUACUAUAGUUUCUGGCAGUAAUGGGAAUACACUAGUAAUUCCAGAUCGCAGAAGAAGAACCUCUGGUGAGGUAAGAAAAUCAGUUAGAUUGUGUUAA